AUGUCGCAUGUGGUCGAGCCGUUGAACGCGCCGUCGACCUACCGCGACUCGCGCGCACGUAACACGGUGCACGAGCAGCAGCUCGCUGUGGCCAACAGUGCGACGCUCUAUGUCGGAAACCUCUCGUUCUAUACCACCGAGGAGCAGAUGUACGAGCUCUUUGCGCGCGUCACCCACGUCGCGGGCGGAGGAGGAAUCAAGCGUAUCAUUAUGGGCCUCGACCGGAAUACCAAGACGCCGUGUGGCUUUGCUUUUGUCGAAUUUUAUACGCACGAAGAAGCGGUCGACUGCAUGCGUUUCGUCUCGGGCACCAAGCUCGACGAGCGUGUUAUCCGCUGUGACCUCGACCCUGGCUACCGGGACGGGCGGCAAUACGGCCGCGGGCGGUCCGGUGGACAGGUCCGUGACGAGUACCGCCAGGAGUACGAUGCCGGUCGCGGCGGAUGGGGCCACAACCGCCUCCGCGAAGAGGAGGAGCGCAAGCGCCAGGAGGCCAUGGCCAAGGAGCGCGAGCGCCGCGAGCGCCGCGAGGACGUCUACCGCGAGAACGAGCGCGACGCGGAUGCGCACACCGCGCCGACCGGUGCCGACGCGCAGUACUACGAGACGGAGCGUAUGGAGCGUGCCGGUCCUUCGGACGAGCCUGCGACGGCGAAGCGUGCGCUGGACGAGGACGAGGACGAGGCACAGAAAGCGCCGCGGACCGACGAUGCAUAG